AUGCAUUCAAAACAGGAUACCGAUUCAGGGGAAAAGAGGCAGGUCGAGCAGGUCGAGUCUGAGAACGAGCAAGUCGAUCAAGAUCUCGACAGGAUCGCGACAGUCAAUGUCAAUAACUACCAUGGACUCAACGCAAAGAUCGUUUUGGUCUAUGCCUCUAUAAACUUCAUUGCUUUCGCUCAGCUACUGAACCUGGUGGGUGCAGCCGCGUUUGCUAGAGAUAUUGCUGCUGCUGUGGGCGGAUCCGAUAAAACGGUCUGGCUUUCUCAGGCUAUUGUCAUCCUGACUGUCGUCCUGGGCCCUCCAGUUUCACAAGCAGCCGAUCUCUGGGGUCGGAAGUGGUUCCUUGUUGUGUUGACAGCAUGUGGUUUCGUUGGCAGCAUAGUCGUUGCACGAGCAACCUCCAUGGGCAUGGCCAUUGCCGGCGAAGUCAUCUGCGGCCUGGUCUAUGGUUCCCAACCGCUGCUCUAUUCUGUUAUUUCCGAGAUCCUGCCUCGAAAGUAUCGACCUGCAGCGCAAGGAGGAAUAAAUGCAUCUCUUGGGCUUGGUGGCUUGACAGCACUUCUCGCUGGCUCGACUAUGAUCAAGAAGUAUGCUGAAGGCUUCCGCGUGUUUUGGUACUUGGUAGCGGCAAUUCUGGCUGUCUCGGCAUUAAUUUUCGCCAUCUUGUACAAUCCACCACUCAGACCACUGCAGAAGUCUUUAACUACCGGAGAGAAGCUUCGACGGCUUGAUUGGGUGGCAUACUUCUUGCUUGCUACAGGAACGGUAUUAUUUGUUAUGGCUCUGUCGUGGGCGGAAAACCCGUACCCUUGGCGAUCUGCUGCAGUGCUCGCUCCACUGCUGAUCGGUGCAACCAUUCUCGGAGCCCUCGUAGUGCACCAAACGGUGUUCAAGAAAGAUGGCUUGCUCCAUAACGAACUUUUCAGCGGUGGACGCAACUUCCCCGUCGCGCUGUUCGUCAUCUUCGUUGACGGAAUGGUCUUCUUCGCUGCAAACAACUACUACGCCUACGAAAUGGGUGUCCUGUUCGAGACGGAUCCUUUCAGAGUUGGGCUUCGAUUCGGCAUUACCUUCAUUGCCUCAAUGGCGUCCUCUAUGAUGAUCGCAGUCUAUUCUUCUAUAACUAAGCAUGUCCGGACUCCCAUCGUCGUCUCUUUUGCCAUGUUUAUUGUUUUUAAUGCGUGCAUGGCUUCUGUUGGAACCGGCAGCUCGACUGCAGCAUGGGUCUACCCAGCUAUUCUAGGCUUGGGCAUUGGCUGGAGUCUCACGUGUCUUGUGACGGUUGCACAACUUAGCACGCCGCCAGCCCUGAUUGCAGUCACGACCGGAGCGUUGAUCGCCAUCAGAUCUUUUGGAGGAUCUAUUGGUUUAGCGAUUUUCACAUCUAUCUUUAACACUGCUCUCGCCAAGAAGCUUGGUCCAGGUAUCGCAGCUGCAGUCAUCCCUCUUGGACUCGCGCCAGCAAACAUCAAAGCUUUCAUUACAGCGCUCGCAAAUAACGAUCAGGCAACUCUGAUGGCCAUUCCUGGAGUUACGCCUCAGAUCAUCGGAGCUGGUGUCAACGCUCUCAAAACGGCCUUUGCUGCCUCUUUUCGCAACGUGUGGAUCGCUGCUGCCGCUCUGGCUGGAGUGGCCACUAUCGCCUCCUGCUUCUUCGUAGAACCUAAGACCAUUACUAUGCAUGUCGAUGCUCCAUUAGAUGAAGAGUAGGCAGCAUGAGCACUUCUCUC